CACGAACACUAGCUCCGAGCUCCUAGUGCAGGAAGUACCGUAGCACAAUGAAGGCAGUGUACGGCCCGUACCCCAUACUCAGCCUGGGGGCUUCAGCACUAGGAACAGUAGGUCGUUUGGGAUCAGGCUCAGUCCGUACUCUCGCGAACGAGAAACCAGAAAAACCCCGGAAGACUCGCACCAGACGCUCUGCAGUGGCACUGAAAGCCAGAUUCUUGACGAAUAAGUCGUCCCAGCAGACAAAGAAAGCUCUGAUCGACUUGAAUGCAGUUAUCAGCGUACGGUCAGAGUUCCCUGCUGCAUCCGCAGUCUCCUGGAACAUGCCCAUCGACCCUUCUCCAAGUAGACGACACUACUUCCAGACGUCGUAUCAGACCGCGCUCGGGAAGAAAAUGUCGAAGAUGACCCCUGGGACUCAAGGAUUCAGAAUAUCUGCCUUGGCAAUUCCCAUUCAUCAGCAAUAG